UCUACAUUGUAAAGGGGGCAACCAGUUUGCACUGACCACUGACUAUCCCUUUCAUGACUUGUGUCGCCAUACCCCAACAAAACAAAAACGCUAUCCAUCUGGCAACUUCACCUCUCUCUGUUCAAUUUAGCAGUUGUUUAGGAGUACGUACCCGAAAAGAUGCCGUGGCACGAUCUUUUUCCGUAUGAGGCGAACCGGCCCAAAACUCCGCAGCUCUACCCAUACAAACUCUCAACUUUGCGGAGCCACGUACUGCUUUUGUUCUAUCGUGAUAUGAAGAAACACUUUAUGGAUGUCACCACAGGAGACCUAUUAUCACUCGUCAAUCACCACAUCGUCAUCCUCGUCAAUUUUUACAUAUUGUUGAUGUCACCACAGACAUAUCCUCGUCCAUCACUGUCACCACAGACCUAUUAUCACUGGUGCUCCUGCGGGCGAUCAAAUACUCAGCCGUGGUGCGAUGGCAAGCAACACAUCGGCACUGGAAUGGAGCCAGUGCGAUUUACUGUUAGAGGUAUUUGUAAUUCUUGAUUCCAGUUUAGCGAAUAAGUGAGCCUGUUUAAGUGUGUACUAAAGUUCUCUAGAAAAUUUACCGAUUUAUUUUCCUUCGACUUUAAUCUGUCCAAACAAGGUAUAGGUCUUUAGAAGAACUGUGAUGUAAUAUGGCUUCUUAGGUAGUCGAGUAAGGACUACAACAAUGAGGGGAACACAUGACAAGUUCGUCGUUGUGAAAUCAGAAGAAGUCCUUGCACUAGUGCUUGCCAUUGAGCACCAGGCGGGGUCAAAAAUCUAAUAUUUUUCUCACAAUUUCCACAGACGAAGGCCAGAUGCGAAGAUUAUGCGGUUGCAAGUAUACGUCGACUCCGCCAUUUUGUAUUUUUCACAUUUUUUCUUGCUUGAAGACUUGUGGUCUGUGUCUGUGGCUGUCUUGAAGAAUUACCCACAAUGAUCUUCAAGAGAUAUACAUAUAGAUUUUGGAUGCAAGAGCACUGCUUUUAUUACAAAGAACAAUCUCUCGAUAUGCGAUGUGUCUCGCACACUCAGGUAACGGCAUAACACACACUGCGGUAGUAGCGCACCGAUUUCCAGCAUGGCACUAUUUAAGGCUAAAAAUUGUCUUGAUCUAAAUUAUAUCAAUGAGUUCCUCGUAGGUUCGGAUGUAGAUCUUAGUCUCUUUUCGCACUAUACCAAUGAGUUAUAUGCUCGAUGCCCCCCAUUCUGUUGACCACACUCAUCUAAUAUCUGCGCGGAUGACACCUUACUGGUUUGCGUUUGGUACAGCAGUGGCGUGGUUCUGGCAUCCCUAGCAUGUUCUUCUUCGGCCAGUUGCUGCUUGGUUGUUGGCCUCUAUCUACCUAUCAUCAUGAACAGGCGGCACGACUCGCUCUCUUUCUUGUUAACAUGGUAUAGAAUCCCAAGAAAGAUGCUCACAACAAGAGGAUUUAAAGGGAUAGUUCCUGUUGUACAGAUUUUUCUCCCACUUCUAACGUGAGCAGAGGAGAUCGCGUUCUUGUAUGACUUCUUUUAGUGCAAUCGACAGGUGCUAAAGUGGAAAUCAAGCAGGGAAUCCCCCAAACAACUUCUUGUAGUGGCGAAUGAAUGAAAG